AUGGUAAUCAAAGAAGAUAAAAGUAAGAUAUACAAGGAAGAAACGAACAGAAAAAAUUCAGAGAUAUUGACUCGUGAAAUGAUCCUGGAUAUAAAUGUUAACGGAAAAUUAGCUGUUGCUAUUGUAGAAGCUUCAUCAAUCAUCAAAAUGACACUCCAACAAAUUAGUGCCCUACUUCCAAAUGCCGUGCAGCUCCAUAUCAAUGAAGGUAUGGUCAGUUACAGUUUCCGAAACAAUGUGAUAUGCCUAUAUCGAAGUGAUGGCAACAUGUAUCAUUUCCAUCGACGAGCUUACCAUACCCAUCUACGACCCCCUAUUACUAUUAUAAUGGAUCACGGCAAUCGUAAAAUUUUCAAGGUAACACUUUUUUCAAUGAAUCGAUAUUACCUCUUUACUGCCGACAUAUCGUGA